CAGUGGGUGUGUCUGAUGUCGGAUUUAACCAGAGAAAGUGAAACUAUCCUCCACUGUGUGCAUCAGAACAGUUACUUCUACAUCACCAGGGAAUAUAGUUAAAGUUCGAGCACAUUCAACAUGAGUUUCCAGAUCUACUUUAUAGAUAGGAGACACGGACGCGAGAGAAGAACAGUUUCUGUGGCGAAUUCAGAAGAGGAGUUCAGGAACACCACAGUGGAGGAGUUAAAGAGAAAACUCAUUCCUGAAGACCAGCUUGCAGACACUAUUCUUCGCUACCGCUUUAAGACACUGAAGAAGAAUCGCACACUUGGUUUCUACGGCAUUAAACAUGAGGAUGAUAUUACCGCAUUUCCCCGUGGAUACUCCUAUACAGUGACACACCAGACAAUGUCUUCUCAUGGUCAAAAGUACACAAAAACAAUUACAUUUGAAGAUGACGAUGAUGAAGAUGAUGAUGAAGUGAAUGACUUUGGUCUUGGCGUGUGGUUUGGAAGUAUCACGAACAGCAAAAUCCACGGGAGUAAGACUACCAAGAGGCAGUUGCUGAUCGAUAAGCAGAGGAUAAUCUGCGUCGUAGUGAAUGAGCAAACGCUGCAGGCGUACCCGAUGUGGCUGAAGUGA